AUGGAAUUUUCUCUCUACCUGGCAGUAGCAGUACUUGCUGUUAUUUUCCUUGCCUUCUAUCUGUCCCCUCGACGCGCAAAGGUGCCUGUGUAUAGCACGCAUUCUGGCUGGCUGGGAACCUGGAAGGACUCGUUGGACUAUCUCCAAGACAGUGCGGGCGUUCUCAGAGCGGGUUAUCAAAAGUUUUCUCAACAUGGCCAAUUCUUUCAACUGCGCACUCCCAUCCGCUGGGUCGUAGUCGUGCCACCAAAAUUCGUCGACGAAAUACGCACAGCACCACCGACACAUCUCAGCGCGAAAGAAUCAGCCAACGAUACGCACAAAUUCCAUUUCCAUAUUGUCAAAACGCAUCUCACGCCCAAUCUGGAACACAAGAUCGAUGACCUUCGCGAGGAAAUCAGUCUGUCUUUCAGUGAUGAAAUUGGGAAUCCAGCUGAUUGGACACCAGUUGUCAUGUCCACGGCAGCCCAUCGCAUUGCGACACGAACGGCGAAUCGACUCUUGGUCGGAGCUCCAUUGUGCCAGAAUGAAGAGUAUCUCAACAUGUCAAUCAAAUAUACCGUCGAUGUAUUUGGAGGCGCCGAUAAACUUCGUGGAUGGCCUAAAUUCUUACGCUCAACGGUGACGCAGUUCGUGACCAAUGUCAAGGAACGACAGGCAAUUGCGCGCAAGCAUCUAAUUCCGUAUAUCCAAGCUCGGCUUCAGGAAGAGACACCUGAGAAGCCUUAUUCAGAUUCCCUUCAAUGGGUCAUGGAUGCAGCACCGCAUGCAGGCGAGAAAGAUCCGGAAAGACUCAUGUUUCGACUGUUGCAUCUGAACGUGGCUGCGGUGCACACCACCAGCGUCACCUUUCUAAACGCCAUGUUUGACCUGGCUAUGCAUACUGAUAUUCAUGCCGAGCUGCGUGGCGAGAUUGAAAGCGCAGUGCAGGAACAUGGCUGGACCGGACGAGCGCUGAGUCAAAUGCGGAAGUUGGAUAGCUUCAUGACUGAAAGCCAGAGAUUGGCUCCGAUUGCCAGUUCCCAAAUGACCCGAGCAGUCAUCCAAGACUUCACCUUCUCCGACGGCACUACCGUCCCCAAAGGCUCCUACGUCCUGGCCCCAAUGUAUGCCAUGUAUCUCGACGAUGAUAUCUAUCCAAAUGCAUCCACAUUUGACGCCUUUCGCUUCUCCAAGUUGCGCGAACAGCCAGGCCACGAAAAUCGACACCAGUUUGUGAGUACUUCGCCGACACACAUUAACUUUGGCCACGGUAAGGAUGCAUGCCCGGGGCGUUUCUUUGCGGCACAGGAAAUUAAAUUGCUACUCGCUCACACACUCAUCCACUAUGAUUUGCGCUUGGAGGAUAUGGAGAAAGUGCCGGAGCCAUCGUGGUAUGACCGUUCUAGACGGCCGAAUCAGACGGCCAAGGUGUUGUUUCGGAGGAGGGAAUAG